AAGGAAGUGCGCUCCCAUUUUGAGCACAUGACUUGUGGUGCUCCAGUGUGCCACAACAAAACAUUUGUAGCCUUGUCUCGGUAGUUUUGUCCCCCCCCCCCCCAAACGCGUCUUUUUGGCUGUGAAGAGUUGUUUUGAGAAUGAAGCUGCGGUGUUUAGUCGUCGCUCUGUGCGUCGGUGUGGGCGCAAUGGCCGGGAAAUACUCCCGUGAAUUUAACGAGCCCGAGCCGAGCGGCGGUGAUGGGCAGACGAUGGAGUUCAGGAUCGCUAAAUUGAACCAGGUGUGGGAGAAGGCGAAACGGAUGCAGUUGUCCCCAGUGCGGCAGGCUGAACUGCACAGUGACAUAAAGAUCCAGGAGAAAGAUGAGCUGCAGUGGAAGAAGGUGAAAGUGCAGGGGUUGGAUGAAAAUGGGGAGAAAGAGGCCCAGCUCCGACGUAACUUCAAUGUGAUCCUGGCCAAAUAUGGAAUGGAUGGGAAAAGAGACACUCGACCACUGGAGAGCAACCACCUGAAGGACCACGACACCAAAGAGGGAGACACGUUUGAAGAUCCAAGGCUGGACAAACUAUGGAACAAGGCCAAGAGCUCAGGGAAGUUCUCCAACGAGGAGUUGCUGAGUCUGAAGAGGGAGUUCCAGCAUCACAAGGACAAGACCUACGAGUACAACAUCCUCAUGGACACUGUCAGCAGGACUGAAGAAAUACACAAGAAUGUGAUAUCUUCCCUGGAGGGUGACACCAAAGAGCAUGUGCUACACCAGAAGCACACAGACCUGAAGCAGAAAAUGAGAGACCUCAACCAGGGCUUUGAGCGCCUCAGUAAACUCAGCCAUGAGGGCUUCACUGAAGACAGCGAGUUUCGGGAGCCCCGUGUGAUUGAACUGUGGGAGGCUGCCAAGAGAGCGAACCUCAGCUCCGACGAGUUGGACUCUCUCAAGGAGGAGCUGCGUCAUUUUGAGACCAAGGUGGAGAAGCACAGCCAUUACCAGGAGCAGCUGGAGCUUUCCCACCAGAAGUUGCGACAUGUGGAGUCUUUAGGAGACAAAGAGCACAUAAAGAGGAACCAGGAAAAGUAUGAAACACUUGCUGAGAAAACCAGGGAGAUGGGGUACAAGAUGAAGAAACAUAUGCAGGACUUGUCUAACAAGAUCUCCCGUGAGGGACUCGGGCAUAUUGAGCUCUGAGAGGCUCGGAUCAUGAACUGAAAUCAUUCCCCCCACAACGCUCCCCAGAGAAAAGAAAUCAGUUUUCUACUUUUCCAGUGUUAUUUAAAAAAAAAAAAUAUUUUAGUAACCGAUGAAUCGUGGGUUGUUUGUACAUAAUAUACAUAUGGAAACCACUUACAUACUAGUCUGAUACAACUAAUGGCAGGCAGGUGUGGGAUGGUUCAGGUCCUGGAGAACAGCCAACCGACUGCACUAGUACUUCAUGUUGUUGACCAACUUGUCCACGCUCGUCACAAAUGCAAUAUUGGCUGUUGCUACUGUCGUGUCUCUUAUCUAAUUAGUCUGCUGAAAUAUUGUGGUGUUAUUGUCUAAUUUUAAAUGAAGCAUGCGUUGCAGAUUAGCAAGGAAACCUGAAAAGAUAACAGCAAUCUUUAAUGUGCAAGAUACAGGUGUCAACAACAUACAGUAAUAUUUAAAAAAACAUAGUUUAACAUCGCUCUGUCUUGGCAUGGAUAAAAACAGUUACUAUUUACAAAUCCUGUAGAGCCAUUAACAGGCUAUUUGUGGUGAAGUUUUUCUAACUCAUUCCUAUGUUGUUUCUACUCAUCUCCCAGACUCUCAAGCUCCAUAAAAUUAGUGCCAAAUGUUGGACAAUAUGUCCUGAUCGUAUAUCAAAAGGGAGGUGAGAAUUUAGAACGAACACAAUGUGGUUCCCUAUUCAUCAAUACUGACCAGGGACAUUGAAAUUGAUUGAUUAUUCUGAUGAAUAAUGUUCCUGGCUGGCUGGUUACUCAGUAAUGUCCUGCCUGGGCCACAUGGGCCUGGAUUAAUGUCAUUUAAAUCUAAACUAUAACUGAAAUGCAUAUUUAGUGCAAUUACCUCACAAUUAAGGCUAUGUAUAACCAUUCAAGUGAUUCUUUGUGGGCGUGUUUUUAAGUACAACAAUGAUUGCUAUGACCAACUACAAUUAAGCACUUAAUCUUAUUUACGGAGAUGGAAAGAAUCAGCAAUGAAAACUAUUUUGGAGUGUCAGUUGAGUAUUGCAGAGUCAGUUUGGUGGCCCUCACCGCCUGCUCUCCAGCUGAGUCAGCCUGUGCUCUCUGCCCUGAACAUGCUCCGCCCCCACUCUCCGAGCUGUUUCCAUGGCAGUGAUGUCGAGGUGGGCGUACUUGAUGGAGCCCGCUUCUGGUCAGUGAAGGACGAGAGAAGGGAAGACAUUUGCAUUAUGUCAUCUGGAACCUAAAAUUGUCGCAUGCAUUGUUCAGUUACUUUGACCCUGUAUUAACUUUAUUGGUAGAGCUGGAGUAUAACUUUAACCCAUUCAUUAAACUACUGAAACUGCGGUGCUUUGCCAAUUCACAACAUAGAAUUGUAUAUGUUUUAGCCUAUUAUAAAUUGGUCCAUUUUCAUAGUCUAAAAAGAUCAUUGAUGUUUGUUUUUCAUGAAUAAAUAGUUUCUCCCCAUUUUUUCAGUUUAAUGGUCUGUCCCUCCUUCAAAUCUGCAAAUAAAACGCCAUGUAAGCAGAUAAGCUGCAAAGCAGAAUGCUCUCAAUCAAAUGUAGGUGUCAUGUCAUCUAUUUCUUAGUCAGUGAAUAAAAAAUAAAAGACA